AUGUUGGCUUGCUUUGGCCAGCAGGAGUGGAAAAAGGCAACAGGAAAAGCCGAGACUACCACAAGGUCAAAGGGACGCGUGCCUCCAGGCUGGGUCCUGGAAUUUGUGCCUGGGUUGGCGGGGAAGAGAAGCCCAAGGCAGCCUGUGAGACACAAGCUGUCUCCCUCCUUGGGGGGAGCGGCUCUACCCAGGGACAACAGCGUCUGUGGCCCUUGGACGGUUUGGUUUGCCGAGGUAUUAGUCUGCGGCCGUGACCCCCUGGGCCUGCCUAGGCCAGAGCGGGGAGGAGCAGACGUCACCAAACAUGUAUUAAAUAAGGACACACACGUGUUUUCUCUAUGGCUACAGCGCUAAGGCCUGGGGGGCAUCACUAAGCAAUGAGCAGCCGUCCCAGGAGGCACCCUGGCUUAGGUUCCUGAAAUGACAAGUGGGCCUUCAAGGCAGGGAGACCCCCAAGGCAAUCCUUGUUCUCGCGCCAGCUUCUUCUGUGCGAGCAGACUCGGGGUGGAAGGGGCCCGGGAGCAGACAAUGCUGGCCAACACCGGCCACAGCGUGGCACGGAGUGCACACCACCGAACAUGUGUUAACUAAGGUCAACUAAGCGCUUUCUCUAUGGCUAUACCGCUAAACUAGUACUAAGCGCUAAGCCAUUAGCACUAAAGUCUCCAUCGCCGCCACUCAGCGGACGAUUUCCGGCCGAGCAGACUAGCCCCGCCCCUCCCGCCACUCCACCGUUUCCGGCGGCCCCUGCGGGCGCCUGCGCACCUGAGCCCUCCUCGGGCUGGUGGACCGUACCAAUGGUUGCCAGGGCAGGGGUGAGCGCAGAGACCCCCGGAAGUAGGUCCUUGCGCCCCUGGCAUCCCGGCCUGCCUCUCGCUGGCCGUUUGGUGCGUUCCUGGAGUUCCCGCCAAAUGGGACUCGGUGGGUGGUGGGCGACCGGGCGCUGGGUCUGCGAUGCUACGGGGCUGUGGGUCUUCCCUGAGGGCUGUGGAGCUGCCAGCUGCUACCGUGCGGGACCGCGCGGGCUUGAUCAGCUUUGCCAGCGCUGUCUCGGCGGGCAUCCGGCCCCGCCCCCAGCACCUGGUGUAAGUGAUAAAAGCAUGUGGUUUGCUUCUGCUGGCCUGGACCGUGACGCUGUGUUGCAGUCUCUUCAGCCAUGAAAUAAGAGCUGAGCCUGGGCUCAUCUCAUUUCCCCAAGGUCCCAAGCAUGUUGGAACCAGAAAAAGUAAAAAAGCCCCCCAAGAGACAGACGCCCUCAGGAUCACUGGGACAGGAGCCCGAUGUAUGUGCCAGCUCCCCUGUGACCAGACCCAAGAGCCCAGCUGCCACCCUGGCUUGUUUUGGCCCCGAGUUCAACACCAAAGCUACCAACACCCCUCGUGGACUUGACAGUGCUGCCAGGGAGGGCCUGCCGGGGACUGAGGUCAAAUCUGAGUUUGUUGAAGUAGAGGUGAAGGCUGCCAGUGGCCACAGAAAGAAGCUCAGACCCUGUGGUUCCCCAAAGGAGCAUGAAAGUGACCUGUCCCUUCUAAGGAGCAGCCCCCACCCACUGCCCAGUGGCACAUUAAUGCCUUUACCUGACCUAGACCAAGUUCUGGAGAGACAGGUAGAAGGUACGUUUGACUUACCUGCCUGUAAUAGAAAGAGAAAAGCCCAUUCCCUGGGAGGGUCUGGUCUUCACCCAGCUGCCUCCCAGACAAAGUGCAGAGCCAGCCCUGGGCAGAGUAAGCCAAGGAGAGACCCUGGGGCACACGGCCUCAAACCUGUCCCUGGGCAGCAGGCCCCUGUGCAGCCUGAGAAGAAGAAGGCAUCCAGACAGAAGGCACAUGGCUGGAAAGAGGAAAGGCAGCCAGCAAGAAAGAGGUCGAGGUCCCUGCCGCCCAGCGUGGAGCAGACCCUUUCUGCCUCAGCUUGGGGCCAGACCCUCCCCGAGUCCCUUCAGGUGACAAGUCCUGAGAGGAUGAAUGUAAACCAGGAAGCAAACCAAGCUGCCAUCCUCCCGGCCCAUGUGCCCGGAGAGGUGCAGCACCUGAAGAAGCGGAAGAAAAAGCGUUUGCUUCCUGGCAUGAAGGCGAAGGCAGAGACCCAGCUGAGCCUCCCAAAGCCCCCCUGUUUGAAAAAGCUGGUGAGGGCUAUGAAAGCAGAGACCCAGGGCUUGGCUUCUGCCCAGCAUUCCCUGGGCCUCCUGCAGGACACAGGUCCUCAGCCCGCACUGGACGUCAGAGAGUUCUUUACUGCCGACCACAAGGACGUCUGCCAGGUCAUCUGCAACCUGUGUCACACCAGUGUCAGACAGAGAAAAGCGGAGGGGCCGUCCCAAACCACGGGCCUUGUCCGUCACUUGACCAAUAAACACGGGCUGCGGUGGGAGAGGAGGCUGUCGGCAGUGAGCCAGCGGGGCGGGGGCAAGGCUGGAGGGGCGGUGGAGGCGCAGCAGAUGGGCCUGCCAGCAGGUGCUCCCAGCUCUACGUCCGGGGGGUGCCCAGUGCCAAGAUGCCACCCAGCUGCUGUACCCUUGGGAGGCAGCAACAGGGAGCUGGGCCUGGGCAGUCCUGAGCUGCCUUUCCUAGCCCUACCACCCUCACCUGCUCCCCCUGCAGCGGCUUGGGAUGGCCAGAGUGGCACAUACGCCCCCAAUCAGCCCCGCGCCCAGGCCUGGAACCACAGCAUCACGGAACUGCUCUGCAGCCUGGCCCUGCCGCUCUCCUUUGUUGCCUCCCAGCCCUUCAGGAGGUUCAUGGCCCAGGUGGACCCCUGCUACCACCUGCCCUCCCCAGCCUUCUUCUCCAACAAGGCCUUGCCCCUGCUCCACGAGGCGGUGGGCGAGCAGGUGCUUCAGGAGAUGCAGUGGGCCGAGGGGGGCCGGGUUCACCUCACUGCCUCCAUGUUGGCCCAGGACUCGGUCGUGAACUAUGUGGCCGUCACCGCACACUGGAGAGCCACACGGCUGGACCCUGCUGUGGCUUCAGGGAACCUUAGGAAGCAAGCAGUCCUCUGGGUCCGGGGCCUGCCCCUAGAGAGGGCAGUAGAGGACAAGCAGCCGGAGCUGCUGGAGCAGAUCAGCCUCUGGCUGGGCCGCGGCUCCCUAAGAGCAGGGUUCCUGGUGUCGGGUGGCUGUCCUGGCCUGGAGCUGGCGGUGAAGGCUGAGGGUUAUACCCACAUCCCUUGUUUCGCCCACUGCCUUGACUCCCUGGUGAGCAACUUUCUGUAUCACCAUCACAGCAUCCAGAUCAUCCUGGGCACAGCCAGGGCCAUCUGCAGCCAUUUCCAAGGUUCAGCGGAGGCCCGGCGGCUGCUCGGUCAGCUUCAGCUCCAGUGUGGCCUCCCAGCUCAGCAGCCCUUUGAGGCCCUCUCAGACCACUGGGCCUCAGCCUACUGCUUGAUGGCGUGGCUGGUGGAGCAGCAGCAGCCGCUGCAGCAGUAUGAGGAGAAGCACCAGCUCGGCAAGGAUGGUACCGCCCUGUCAGCCAUGUUCUGGAGCCUGACGGACAGUCUCGUCCAGCUCCUGCAGCCCUUCCAGAUGGUGGUCCAGGAGGCAAGCCGGGCAGAGGCUUCGCUAAGCCAGGUGCUACCCCAGCUGCGCUACCUGCACAUCUUCCUGGAUCAAGUUCACGGGCACUUCAAGGGACAGAGCGAUGGGCAGCUCGGUGCGGCCAUCAGAUUGGCCAAGAGCCUGGCCCUGCAGCUCUCCACAGACUCUCAGCUCAACGAGCUGUUCCACCGUGAGGAGUUUGUGCUGGCGACCCUACUGGACCCCCGCUUCAAGGGGAAGAUCGAGGCCAUCCUGCCCGUGGGGGCAGACAUCGACCACUGGAGACAAGUGCUUGUGUACAAAGUGAAGGAGAUCAUGGUGUCUGAAUACUCUUUGCCGGCCUCUCGCUCCCUGCAGAGCCCCAGGAGUACACGGGGGAACACCACUGGCAUGGUCAAGAGCCUUCGGGCUGAGGGGAGGAGCCAGAAGGAGCCUCUGCAGAGAAGCAGCAGUCCUGGCUCUUUCCUCCCGGGCCAGAGGGAAAAGAGCCUGCUGGAACAGCUGGAGAGUGUGGGGCUGCUGGCGUCUGAGAGGAGCGGGGCUUCACUGUCCACUGAGAACCACCAGGCUAGCAUCGUUGUCAGGAAGUACCUGCGGGAAAACGAGACAGUUGGCGCCCAGGAGGACCCCCUGGCUUACUGGGAGAGGAAGCGUGGGGCCUGGCCAGCUCUAGCCAGACUGGCCACCAUCUACCUGUCUUGUCCUGCCACGAGAGCCUUCUCCGAAAGGAUCUUUGCCUCCCUGAACAGCCCCACGAUGAAAGAACAAACAUCUCUCAAAGUAGAGACCAUCGAGCAUCUCCUCUUCUUGAAGACCAACCUGGAGAACUUCCCCACCUACACGCCCCCUCCCCUUGUCUUCUCCAGUGGUGACCUGGCCAGGGUGGAACAGAGCGUGUAGUCUGCAUGCUGUGCUGGGUGGGCAGGUGGCAUCCUUCCCUCGAGUCCCUGCAGUCUCAGGAGCUUAGCAGAGCACCUGGCAGACCCGUAGAGACCCUUCAGUAGACAAAAGGAGAGCUUAGAGUUUCACAUCCUAGGACCCCACAUGUCGACGGCCAGAAUCUUUCCUGUUUGGUAAGAAAGGGAACAGUUUCUCGAUUCUUGACAGGUUGCCAGGUUUUGUGUUUUUUUUUUUUGUUUUGUUUUGUUUUUUUUUUUUUUGUUUUCUGGGUGCUGUCAUUUCCACAUGCCCACUGAUUGACUAUUUAUAUGUAGCAUUAUGUGCAGAGGCUGGCUGUGUUCAUAUGUGAUUAUGACUCGUACUGUAGGUUUUAUAAACUGAAUAUUCUACUACAAUAGUGGGCAUUAAAGACUGCUUACAGCUUGUCCAUGUGGAUAAAUGGAUGCAUGCUGUGAAGCAGUUUGCUUUCUCAAAAAGUGACCGGGGACAAGGGGAGACCUGUGCUGGUGGGUGGGACAGGCGCUCAGUCCCUAGAGCCCCCUGAAGCUCUUCCUGAAGCUUUCACUGUAGAUAUAAAGAAAACUCAAGGUAGAGUAGCCAUUUCAAGAGGAAAUUGCACACAUGUGAACAACCCAGUCUUUUUGGAGACUCGCAAAGUGGCCAGAAAACCCAUGAUGGAUGGAUGGAACUGACCAGCUAGCCAGGAGAGCUAGCUGUACUGACAGUUUGCAGACUACUGGAAACCUUGGGAUUUCUUUGCUCCUGCAGUGAAAUCCAUCUGAGAAAGCAUCCCAGGUUAGCCAGCCUCUAGCUGGCAGAGUAUGCAUUCCACUUGCCGGCCUCUUGCUCCUCCUACUCUUUGGCUGCUUUUAAAGAGCAGAUCCUUCAUUUGGAAGCCAGGGUGGAUGUGCAUAGGCCUCUGAUCUGAAUUUGGAGCAUUUGAGCCCUAAUAAAAGAUUGCCCAGAGUUUCUUCUUUCUUUCUUUCUUUCUUUCUUUCUUUCUUUCUUUCUUUCUUUCUUUCUUUCUUUCUUUCUUUCUUUCUUUCUUUCUUUCUUUUUUUCUUUUUUUUUCUUUUUUUUCUUUUUUUUCUUUUUUUUGACAGGCAGAGUUAGACAGUGAGAGAGACAGAGAGAAAGGUCUUCCUUUUCUGUUUGUUCACCCCCCAAAUGGCUGCUGGCCGGCAUGCUGCACUGAUCCGAAGCCAGGAGCCAAGUGCUUCCUCCUGGUCUCCCAUGCGGGUGCAGGGCCCAAGCACUUGGGCCAUCCUCCACUGCAUUCCCGGGCCACAGCAGAGAGCUGGACUGGAAGAGGAGCAACCGGGACUAGAACCCCGGGGUGCCAGCGCCGCAGGUAGAGGAUUAGCUAAGUGAGCUCUGGCGCCGGCCUGCCCAGAGUUUCUUCGGGUGUGGGACCUGAGGGAUUAGGGUCUGAGAAUGAGUGGAAUUGAUGGGAGAAGGAAAAGUGAGGGACCAGGGAUGUGUGGGGCAGGCCCAUCACACACCCACAGGACUUGGGUCAAGGUAGCUUGAGGGUGCUGGGUCACUGGGUGAGGUGACUGCUGAAAUGAGUCAGAAGUAGGGUGUGUGUUUAAGGCCAUGGGGGUGAUGACAAACCACAUCCUCACUGCACUGGCAGUCCUGGAAGCCUGUCCCUUGGCCUCUCCUAGAUGGGCUGCCAGCUGGGGGUUUCAGUGGGACUGAUUGUGAUAUUUGGAAAUGUAAGACAGCAGGAAAAACGAACUCCUUUCCCUCAGAGAUCCUGCCAGCACUUUGAUGUAUUUCCUUUUUUUCUCACUGAGACUAUAACCUGUGUACAAUGUAGUACAUGGUAUUUUCGUUCUAACAUUGUAAUGGCAUCUUGUAAACAAAUAAAGCUUUGUGAACAUCA